AUGUGCAAUAUUCUGCUCCUGGGCUCCAGAGCGGCCGGAUACAGCUACCUCUGCCAGCCCGUGAACUACUCCAAUGAUGUGAAUGAAGUCCGGAUAGCGUCAGCGCUAUGGUGGUACUACAUCUCUAAGGGGGUGGAGUUUCUGGACACAGUGUUCUUCAUCAUGAGGAAGAAGUUUAAUCAGGUCAGCUUUCUGCACGUCUAUCACCAUAGCACAAUGUUCAUCCUGUGGUGGAUCGGCAUCAAGUGGGUUCCUGGUGGACAGGUCGCUUUCUUUGGCGCUACGAUUAACUCAGGCAUUCAUGUGCUGAUGUACGGCUACUAUGGCUUGGCAGCGUUCGGCCCAAAGAUCCAGAAGUACCUGUGGUGGAAGAAAUACCUCACUAUUAUUCAGAUGAUCCAGUUCCACGUCACCAUUGGCCAUGCCGCUCAUUCUCUCUACACAGGCUGCCCAUUCCCGGCCUGGAUGCAGUGGGCUCUGAUUGGCUACGCCGUCACGUUCAUCAUCCUGUUCGCCAAUUUCUACUACCAGACCUACCGCCGCCAGCCACGCCUCAAGUCGGCCAAAUCUGCCGUUAACGGCGUCUCCAAUGGCACCAAUAAGGCACCGGAGGUCAUGGAAAAUGGCAAGAAACAAAAGAAAGGAAAAGGAAAGCAUGACUGAAAAGAAACAUGGACGGAAGUGAAACACUGGGUCUCAUGGGCUUCAAAAUUACCCAUGGAAUCUCAACCGCUACAGACUGUUUGGUAAUUGUGAAAACAAAUUUGGUCUUUUUUUGUUGCUGAUUGGAUUUCAAACUAGGGACAUUUCCAAUGCAACUAGUCCUGUGUGACGUCACUUUCUCUGUUGUUUAGGCUACUUGUGACAGUUAUAUAAUCUAAAAUGUCCCUUAUGGUUUACUGAAUCAGAAUAGCAAGCUACUUUGAGAUGUUUAGUUACCAUUGGGGGGAGAAUAGUCAGGGUUUUUUUUCCCACAAAAUCAGUUAAAUAUGCUUUUUCACAUAAACAAGCCGAUUCUUUUAAUGUUUUUAUUUAGUAUAAGCAGCUGAUGAAAGAUUCUUACAUAAAUGGCUCAGCUUUCGUGACACUCUUGAAUCCUGAAAGACUGAGCCCUUAAAUAAAAAAUAUGGAGAAAUGAGUCCUUCGAGAUGCAAGUCUGAAUCACUUCUAUAAAACAUGAGGAUAAUCCCGCAAUUCCGCUUUUUUUUUUACAUCUAUUAUUAUUGUCUGUUUGAAUCUUCAUUUGUAGUGAAACAAUGGUGUUUAUGGGCUCAGGUGACCGUUAUUACAAAUUACUAAAUUACUAAAGUGGCAACACAGUUCUACCAAAGAAAAUCACUGUACAUUUGGUGGGUUUAUACUCUUGCAUUAGAUAAUAUCAUUAUUUCAACUUAAUUUGCGUGCAGUAAUGAUGGUGUCAUGGCUAUAUACUCAGGUAGUUUCAUAUGUUUCUGUUCCACAUGUGAAAUUAGACAUAUACUGCAUACACAUACACACACACGCAUACUUGCGUCCUUAAUGUCUGUUCAGGUAUGUGUACUCCUCUCUAUUGCUUUGUGCAUGUAGCUUUUUAUGAAGUUUUUGCAAGUCAUAUCGCAUUACAGUUACACAAAUUUUGCUUUUUGUUCCCUUUUAUGAAAAAGUUCCCUGUGAUAAUAGAAUCCCAUGAUGGGGGGGG